AUGAAAGCAAGAAGAGAGAGCUUGGGUGAUCAUGUCACUCCGAUUGCGAAAAAAGUCAAAAAAGAAGAAAAGAAGAAGAAUGGAGAGAAAGACGGAAAGAAGAGCUGCUCUGAAUGUAGACGAUUGAAGGCGAAGUGUGAUAGGGUGUUUCCUUGCUCCAACUGUCGGCGAAGGGGAUGCGCACUGGUAUGUCCAGAUGGAGACUUGAGCUGCAUGCAGGGGAAGCGCCUUGUCCUGGCCUCAACGGAGCAGCUACAUGAGCGUAUUGCUCAACUGGAAGCCGCACUUUUCCAGGCUCACUCGGCCUUGUCAACAAAGUCACACCCCCUUCUCGCUCCUCAAUACCUGGACGGAGGUUUUGCAGACCCGAAUCUGUCUCCUCCCCGUGAAGAGGUUGUCUACACACCUCCCGCUCACGUACAUACGACUGAAACUCACCCCAUAUCGCCUAAGGGAGCCGCCUCGACAACCUCUGCAUCCAGCUAUGCCCUCGUAACACCCGAGCUGACCGCCAAUUCGGUCACUCAACUUGGGUUGCUAGGCGAGAAAGAACACGGCCCGACGCAAAGUCGGAUGGCUGUAGAGUCACUGUUACUGAGUCACGCCACUGCAGCGCCAGAGGGAAAGAGAGAAGACGAGUGGGCAGGAGAGAAUGCCGCUCCGGCCAUGAUUGUCGGCAACGUGGGAAGUGGACAAGAUAUCGAGGAGAUUUCCGAACGACAUACCGUCCUUGAACUGCUCACUGACAUCCGCCGGAUUCUUCCAUCGAGAGAAGAGACGGCUCGUCGUGCCGCACAUUUUUGGCAGUCGUCCGGGUGGUUCCAAAACAUACUCAAGCAGGAAGAAUUCGAUGCGAUCUAUGAGCCUGCCGUUUAUGCUCCAACUCAAAUCAACAAGAUUACCCCGCACAAAUUGGCGUGCGUGCUGAUGGUGUUGUGUCUGGACACGUACUUUGACAUCUCUACUGAAACGGUGAAUCCGGCCGUUGCAGAAUACUGGCAGGGGGUUCAAAAGUGUUUCGACACUAGAUUUGGCUGGUCAGCAAGUCUGCCCGGUGUUCAAGCUCUUGCCCUAGUCGUAUUCUUCGUUGGCUUCGGAUGGCGCGGAGUUCGGACAUCCAAUUUCUUCUGGUUGCGUCUCAUGACCUCUCAAGCUCUUCAGCUGGGAUUACACCGAGACCCACAUCCGUCGCUCCCGGCGGAAGAAAGAGAAUUCCGUCGACGGGUUUUCCAUGAGAUGUACACCAUCGAUUGUCUUGUUUCCAUCAAUCACGGACAGAGAACUGCUAUAACCCUCGAAACUAUCGAGACGCAAUUCCCGGAGAAAGUGUCGAUGCAAGCGAGGGUCAAGUAUGACUACAUGCGACAUGUAAAGAACGCAGUGAUUAAUAUCGGUUGUCUACCAGAUUCAGCACCUGCAAGCUGGGAAGAAAUCUGUACUGUUCAAGAGAGGAUGUCAACGGCGUCGUGA